AUGGAUUUGUCAUUCGCCAAUGAGUUUGAUGAUAUAAACGAGAUCAAUGAAGUUGAAACUGCAUCAGUCGAUGAUGAAUUCUUGUCAAGUGAGGAUGAUUUUUGUUCGACUGAUGAUGAUAAUCCCGCAUUCGAAAAAGUCGACAUGAUGGAUCACCAUAAUGAAUGGGAGUUCACAUUUCUUGAAAAUAUUCAUGAAACAAUUCAACUCCCUGAUGUUACAGACAUUGAAUCAUGUAAAGAGAUCUUGAUCAACAAUUGGUAA